AUGGCAUCGACACCAGCAUCACCUCUUCUGAAAUUUUCAGUCAGACGUUGCAAGCCCCAAAUAAUUGUGCCAGCAAAGCCAACACUCCAUGACCUGAAAGAGCUCUCAGACAUAGAUGAUCAAGAAGGGUUACGUUUUCAGCUUCCAUUCAUUUUUUUCUAUCGCAGCCAUCCUUCCAUGGAAGACAAGGACCCCGUGAAUAUAAUCAGAGAAGCCAUAGGAAAAGCACUAGUGUUUUACUACCCUUUUGCAGGUAGGCUUAUGGAAGGCCUUAACAGGAAACUUGUAGUCAAUUGAAGUGGUGAAGGGAUCUUGUUCAUUGAAGCGGAUGCAGAUGUUUCAAUGAAUCAGCUAGCUGAUACCAUUCAGCCACCUUAUCCUUAUAUUGAUGAGCUUCUUUACGACGUGCCUGGCUCCUCAUUUAUUCUUGGAUGCCCUCUAUUGUUGAUUCAGGUGACUCGUUUGACAUGUGGGGGAUUUGUGUUUGCAAUCCGUCUAAGUCACCCCAUGAGUGAUUCCUUUGGAUUGGCGAAUUUCUUGAACGCCGUCGGGGAAUUUGCAAGAGGAGCAAGUGCACCAUCCCUUUUGCCUGUUUGGCAAAGAGAGAUUUUGAAUGCUCGGAACCCACCUCGGGUUACCUGUGUGCACCAUGAGUAUGAUGGCAAUAGUACUAAUAUAUCAAUUAUGACUAUGCACCAAGAUAACAAUAUGGUCCAUCGUUCAUUCUUUUUUGGUCCCAAAGAAUUAAAAUCAAUUCGAAAACAUAUUCCUCCACCCCAUAAAAAAUGCUCAAAUUUCGAAGUGAUUGUUUCAUUUUUAUGGAGAUCUCGGACAAUAGCACUUCAACUUGACCCCAAUGAGGUGGUUCGUCUGUCAUGCACGAAUAGCAUACCUGGUAAGCCAGGCAAACUACAACUUCCUCUUGGAUACUACGGCAAUGCUUUUGCUUUUCCAACAGCAAUUUCAAAGGCUGGACUCCUGUGUCAAAGCCCUUUAGGAUAUGCACUCGAGUUGGUGAGGAGACAAAAAACCCAAAUGAAUGAAGAGUACAUAAAAUCAGUGGCCGAUCUUAUGGUGUUGAAAGGGAGACCACACAUCACAUCAAUUUGGAACUUCAUUGUUGCUGAUGUAAGUCGUGCAGGGCUUGGAGAUGUUGAUUUUGGAUGGGGAAAGCCCAUUUAUGGUGGACCAACUGGGGCCAUACCUUAUAUUAUUAGCAUUUUGGGUCGAUUUAAAAAUAGUAAAGGAGAAGAUGGUAUCGUCAUCCCUAUAUGGUUGCCACAACCAAUUAUGGGCAGGUUUGAACAAGAGUACUCGAAAAUAAUCCAAAAACCUAAUGAUGAUUUGAAUGGCAUCAAGAACACAAAGAUAUUCUCAUCCAUGCUUUAA